UAUAAGUGAAGCUCUUCUUUCUCACUUUUGUACCUUACUUCAGAUCUAAUCUCUCUUUCUUCGCAUUAAAUCUCACCGCCGAUUAAGGAUGAUGGCCAGAAGAGCUGUUGUUUCUGCAAUUGAUCUCAUUCAUCGAAGAGGAUUUCUCAAUCGAUGGUCGCAGAAAUCGGGUAUUCUCUCUCCUCUGUUCUCUCUCUUCUCUUCCGAGGCUUUUCAACCUAAGCGGUCUAGAAUCGAUUUCAGUUGUGUUAAAGAAGUAGACGAUGUUAUUCAAUUGUUUCAAAAAAUAAAGAGUUUGCGGCAAGAGCCUUCUGUUCUCCUGUAUAACAAACUCAUGAGUGUUAGUGUAACGAUUGAGCAGUAUUAUAUUGCCCUUGAUGUGUUCGAUGAAAUGCUCAGGAUGGGUGUCCCAGUUAAUAAUUACACAAGGAAUAUUGCUGUCAACUGCUGUUGUCUCUUGAAAGAUAUAUACUCAGCUUUUUCUAUAAUGGGAUUCUUUCUCAAGGGAGGUUACGGACCAGAUACUGUGACAUACGGCACUCUCAUAAAAGGGUUAUUCUUAGUUAAUAAGGAGGCUGAAGCCGUGAAACUGUUCGAAAAGAUUUUGGAUUUAAAACUUUGUGAGCCCAGUAAUGUUAUGAUUCUGCACGUGAUUGAUGGGCUGUGCAAAACUGGACAGGUCAUUGAAGCUCAUGAUUGGCUUCAUAGAUUAGAAAGUAGUGGGUGGAGUCCCAACGUUGACACUUAUAAUGCACUAAUUGAUGGAUUUUGCAAGGGCGGAAUGGUGGACAAUGCCUUCAAGGUUCUAACCAAAAUGGUUGGGAAGGGUGUUUUACCUGACGUCGUCACUUAUAGUUCCAUGAUUAAUGCAUACUGUAAGCAAGAAAAGAUGGAAGAGGCUGAAAAUAUGUUGGAAAUAAUGACGCAACAAAAUAUUUGUCCCGAUGUCUUUACUUAUUCUUCGCUUAUUGAAGGGCUGUGCCUGAAGGGUGAAAUCGAAAGAGCGAAACAGUUACUUGAUUCCAUGGUAGAGAGGGGCCUUAAACCCAAUAUUGUUAACUAUAGCACCUUGCUAAAUGGAUAUUGUAAGAAGGGAAGCGUGGAUGAAGCUUGGCUUAUUUUUCUUGAAAUUUCCGGUAAAGGUCUCGAGCAUAAUGUGCAAACAUAUAGUACAUUAUUGGAUGGGUUGUUGAAGCGUGGGAUGGUUGAUGAAGCUCUGCUUCUGCUGUCCAAGAUGGUGGAGAAGGGCAUCUCGCCUGAUGUUGUCACAUGCAACAUAUUGAUAGAUGGGUAUUGUUCGCAGGGCGAGAUGGUUAGAGCCAGAGAGCUCUUCGAUUCAAUGGAAAGGACGGGGAUCAAGUACGAUAUAUUCACCUAUAAUAUCUUGAUUAAGGGAUACUGUAAGACGGGAAAUCUUGAUGAAGCUUUGCAUUUCUUUGAUGAAAUCUCGCAUGUGGGUCUCAAACAGUCGACCGUGUCAUACACCACGAUGAUGCACGGGCUAAUACGCCAAAGUAGUUUUUCAGACGGGUUGAAGCUUUUCCACGAUAUGGAAGCUCAGAAUCUACAUCCAAAUCUCUACACCUACAACAUCUUGUUGGAUGGCUUGUGUCGGAUCCGUCGGAUCGAUGAGGCAUUUGCGGUUUUGACGAUGAUGGAGGCGAGAGGCGUGAAACCUGAUAUCGUAUCGUAUGGUGUUCUGAUCAACAGCUUAUGCAAGGGCGGAAGACUUGAUGAUGCUACGAGGCUCUUCAACCAUCUCCCUUCCAAGGGCUUGAAACCUAGCGCACAUACCUACAACAUGAUGCUCGACUCCCUCUACCAUGAAGGGCGCGAAGGGGAGGCGAGGAUGUUGAUGAUGGAGAUGGAGAGGAGCGGCUGCGCGCCUAAUUUCGUGACGUUCAAUAUUAUUGUGUGGAAUCUGGUGAAGAGCAAAAAGUUCCAUGAGGCGAUUGCUUUCUUGGAGGAGAUGUGCAGGAGAGGAUUUGAUGUGAAUUCGGAGAUCAUUUCUGCUUUGCUUCAGGAACUUAGAAUAAGAGAAGGUAAAGAUGAGAAAUUGCAAGAGAUUCUUAAGAAAGUUUGUGCUCAAAAUCGACAAGUGAAUGUUCUAUUUUGAGAUCAUCUCUAGAUUCAUCUCGAGGGCCAGAGAUGAGACGAGAUGAGACGAGGAGGAAGGAGGAUGCCAUUGUCUUGGGAUUUUGGUGAAGGAGAUGAGAGAUGGGAAUGUUUUAUUUUAAAGAAUUGGUGAUGAUGGAAGGUUGGAUUUGGAAGGGGUUUUGUAUGCAUGCUUUCUAAGUGAGUGAAAGUGAUAAAUGCAUAUUCAAAUUUUCUAAAAGUUGAGUCCAUGUACUUGACUACUUGACUACUUUCAUUAUUUGGUAGCAGAAGAACUGGGUUUUGCUAGAUUCAUGUGCUCUCUGUGAUUAAGUUGGACCUUUUUUAAUUAAUGUGAAUUGGAAGAUUA